UUUAUAAAAUAUAUUCUUUGUUAUAGAAUAAAUUUAAAAAAAAAAACAAAACAAAAUGUCAGGAUAUGAUAGCAAUCUUUUGUUUGGAACUCAAGUAACAUAUGAGGAUAAUCAAGGUGCAUUUGAAGCAUUUUCAAACGAACAACCAGUUGAUAAUUCAUCUAACCCAUUUUUAGAACCACAACAAUCAGAUCAACAAGAUUCAGCAUCAUAUCCAACCCUUCAAAAACAAUAUUCAAGAGAGGUUGCACCAAAUACAAAUUCAUUAUCUCAACCACAAUCAUAUAACAGUAAUAGCACAGUUACACAAUCAAACGGUGUUGUUAUUCAACAAAAACAAAGAACAUCACAAAACUAUCAAUCACAAUCAACAUCACAAGGUAAAUUCCAACCAUCUUUUAAAGCACCAACUCUUAAAUUUGUUUCAGCAUAUAGAACAAGCAUGGAUAUUACAGUUUGCCCACCAGAUAUGAUCGGCGAAGGUAUGGGUGCCUACGCUAUCUAUAAAAUUAUCACCAAACAAAGUUUAAAUGAUAACCCAGAUUAUAAAAAAGAAACCUCAGUAUCACGUAGAUAUUCAGACUUUUUAUGGUUAAGAAAUGUAUUAAAAGAAACUAGAAAAGGUUGUUUAAUUCCACAAUUACCAGAAAAAGCUGUUUUAAAUAAUCGUAAUAAAGACUUUUUAGAACAACGUAGAAGAGAUUUAGAAAAGUUUUUAAACAGAGUUGUUGAAAGUGGUUCAUUAUCUCAAGCAAAUGAAAUUACAGUAUUUUUAGAAGGUUCAGAUGAACAACUUGCUGCAGCUAAACAAAAUAGACCAGCCGCUCAAUCAUUAGAAGAAUCAACUGCCUCACCACCACCAGCAGCUCAACCAGAGGGUAAAAUGGGUAAAUUUACAUCAUUCUUUGGUAAUAGUAUCAAUCAAAUCAGUAAUUUAGCACAAGGUGUACACAGUGUUAAAGAAGUCGAUGGUUGGUUUGGUGAAAAGAAAUCUUAUAUACUCGAUUUAGAUGUUGCUCUUCGUCGUUUCGAAGAAAAUGUUAGCAAUGUUAUUAGAAGACGUAGAGAAUUAGCUAUGGCUCUUGGUGAAUUAAAAUCUGCUGGUCUUUCAUUUAGUUCCUGUGAGGUUACACAACAUCAAGAAAUCGCCAACAGUUAUCAACGUCUUGGUGAUGUUGAAGAUAACAUUAGACAAGGCAUGGAAGAUUUAUCAAAUAAUGAACAAGGUUACUUUGAGGAAGGUAUUAGAGAUUACUUAAAAGCCAUCGCAUCAGUUAAAGAACUCUUAAACGAUCGUCUCGAUGCUCUCAUGAACAUGCAAAACCACGAACGUGCUGUUGCCUCCAAGAAAGAGAAGUUUGAAAAACUUAAAGUUUCAAACUCUGGUAAAGCCGCCUCCAUGCAAAAAGAAGUCGAUGAUGCCGUUAGAAAACUUACUGAAUCCUCAGCUGAAUAUGAAAAAAUCUCUGCAACUGCUCGUCUCGAAUUAACUAAAUUUGAUGAAAAGAGAACCUAUGAAAUGAAGAGAAUAUUAAACUAUGUUAUCCGUUUAAAUUUAGACCACUUUUUAAAGUCUUCUGAUAGCUGGAGAGAAUUAUUAACUGAACAACACCAAAAUGGUGAUCCAAAUUUCGAUAAUAAAACCAAAGCAUCAUGGGGUAGUUCAACUAUUUAAAAUAAUAUAAUAGUAAUAAUAG